CUGUCAGUCUCUGCAGUGGACUGGCGUGUGGAUAGCCAAUGCAAUACUAACUUCUAUGACCAUGCAUACUCCUCUGUUAGCUCACUGAUUGAUUCUUACACCAACAACCGUAGGAGUGAAUGGAAGUUUGGCUUAAAUAUAAAUAGGUUUGUGUCGAGCGGCCUGGAUGUGGGAGGAACACGGUCCAACGUGUAUACGUUUGCUUCAGAAAAGCGCAGACAGGACCGCUUCUUUUUCAGCAGUCACAGUGUCACCUGCCGCCGUUAUCGUUACCGUGUGUCCAAAAGACCGCCCCUCAGCUUUGAGUUCAGUAAGGAUUUGGCCAGACUGCCAAGUGAAUACAGCUCCUCCACCAGGGAUGAGUACAUGGACCUCAUACAUACCUAUGGCACACACUACCUUCGCAAGGUUCACCUUGGAGGGCAAAUCAAGCGAGUCACAGCUACACAUACCUGUUUGUCCUCAUUGAAUGGGCUCACCGCAGAUGAGGUCCACUCCUGCUUAUCACAUGGUGUCUCUGUAGGCCUGGGGAUGGUGACAUUAUCCGCUAGCCAACCAUUUUGCAACAAAGUCCUACAGAACCAGGGCAGGAGUGACAUAUCCAGCUCUAGUCUCCAUGAACAUUACACAGAAGUUGUAGGAGGCAACGGUUGGUCUGGGGAGUUUUCACUCACUCAUAAUGACCAGGGGUACAGAAAAUGGCUGAACACCAUUACGGACCACCCGAAUAUUGUUUCAUACCGCCUUAGGCCAAUGUAUGAGCUGAUGCCAAAUAAGACACAGAAGACAGGGAUGAAAGUUGCCAUAGAGGAAUACUUAGAGGAAAACGCUGUGAAGCAGUCACCUAGAGAGCCAAACUGUGGAUGGUACACUCCCAACCUGGAUGCCAGCUGCUGUCCUAAAGACAACUUGUGGGGAAAACUGGUGGUGACCAUCGUCCGAGCCUGGAAUCUGUAUGGAGAUUAUGCUGCCGCUGUCCCUACUGAUGGCUAUGUUAAGAUGUGGUAUGGUUCCAUGUAUCGGCAGACUCAUGUAGUUGAGUCAGACAACCCCACGUGGAAUGCUCGUUAUGAUCUUGGCAGGGUGAGAACAAACUUGGAUUUGAAGCUCGAGAUCUGGGACUCGGACUUGCAAUAUGAUGACCUUCUGGGAUCAUGUAACAGGAGUUUGAUGGAGGGACAAACACAAUCUACUGCCCGGCCGAUCCAGGCUACUUGGAGGUCAAGUACACUCUCACCUGCGACCCUUAUCUGACUGGAAAUAAGUGUCAACGUUAUAAACCAUCUCCACAGUGAGAAAUGUAUUUUGAGGCUUUGAAUGUUUGUUUGGUCACUCGUUUAACAAGAGAA